AUGGCGAUCAAGCGGACCAAGGCGGAGAAGAAGAUCGCGAACGACAAGAAGCUGUGCGCCCUGCUGGAUGAGUACACCAAGGUGCUCAUCGCCCUCGCCGACAAUGUCGGCUCCAAGCAGCUCCAGGACAUCCGCCGGGGCCUCAGGGGCGACUCCGUCGUGCUCAUGGGGAAGAACACGCUCAUCAGGCGAUGCAUCAAGGUCUACGCCGAGAAGACGGGGAACAAGGCCUUCGACCCGCUCAUGGACCUCCUCGUCGGCAACGUCGGCCUCAUCUUCACCAAGGGCGACCUCAAGGAGGUGCGCGAGGAGGUCGCCAAGUACAAGGUUGGGGCUCCUGCUCGUGUUGGGCUCGUAGCUCCUGUUGAUGUUGUUGUGCCCCCAGGCAACACUGGGCUGGAUCCCUCCCAGACCUCUUUCUUCCAGCUGAUCAAGAAGGGUGACAAGGUGGGCUCAUCUGAGUCUGCCCUGCUCGCCAAGUUGGGUAUCCGCCCCUUCCCAUAUGGUCUUAAGAUCACCAAUGUCUACGAGGAUGGGUCAGUCUUCAGCCCUGUGGUGCUUGACCUGUCUGAGGAGGACCUGGUUGAGAAGUUUGCCGCUGGUGUCUCCAUGGUUGCCUCUCUGUCCCUGGCGCUCUCGUACCCGACCCUUGCUGCUGUGCCUCACAUGUUCAUCAACGGGUAUAAGAACGUGCUUGCUGUUGCUGUUGAGACAGACUACUCGUACCCGCAUGCUGACAAGAUCAAGGAGUACCUGAAGGACCCAAGCAAGUUCGCCGUUGCUGCCCCGGUUGCUGCUGCCGGCUCUGGUGCUUCGGCUGCUCCCAAGGAAGAAGAGAAGGUGCCUGAGCCUGCCGAGGAGUCGGAUGAGGAAAUGGGUUUCAGCCUGUUUGACGACUAG